CUCAUUCUCCAUCUCUAUAUAUACUUCCCCAUUCUCUCCUUCAUUCCUCCUCCCUUAUGUAACCCUAAAAUCGCCGGAGAGAGAGAGUCGAAGCUACAGAAUUUCAGUUCGCCGCUGCGGAAGCUCCAUAACCAAAUUCCUUCCGCCGUAGCGUUCUUCUUCAGAAAUUCUUUUGCUUCGUCUCCGAUCCCGAUCAAUAGCAAUGGCUCGUUCUUUCUCUAACUCUAAGAUUCUCUCUGCUUUCGUCUCCGACUCCGUCUCUGCUUUUCUUAGCAGGCGUGGAUAUGCGGCGGCAUCACAAGGUGCAGUCUCCGGUGUAGCGAAAGGAGGAGUGCCAAGGAGCAACGUAAUGAUGCAAAAAAGUGGAGAGGAAUCCGUGAAGACUUCAUGGGUGCCAGAUCCAGUUACCGGUUACUACAGGCCGGAAGGACAAGCAAAUGAGAUUGACGCUGCUGAGCUCCGGAAGAUGCUGUUGAAGCACAGAUCUGGAAGCAACUGAAAAGCUUUGAAGCUGCGUCUUUGAUCUCCGGUUACUCAUCGGAGAUCUUUGAUCAACGAGAAAAGAG